AUGUGGCCUCCCCUUACCCCUCCCCUUUCCGCGAUGUCGGAAGAAACCCGACGAAGCAAGUUGGCCGCGGCCAAGAAGAAGUUGAGAGAAUUUCAGCAGAGAAAUAGUCCUGGUGUCCCUGCAGGAGCCAAAAAGAAAAGGAAGAUAAAAAAUGGCAGUAGCCCCGAGGAAACAACUUCUGAUGACCGCUCGCCUGAGGAUGCGCCCAACGACUGCGCCACUCCUGCUUCUGCUGAUGACACCAUAUUUCCUGGUGGUGUCCAUCUCCCGUGUGCUAGUUCCCCGUGCACUACUAGCAUGGCAUCACCUAAGAACUAUGAUGAUGCAGACAAUGAUCCUCUUACCUCGGAUGAAAGCAAGACCAUGUCAUCUACUGAGAGCCUGCGACAGAUUUCACAACAGCUCAAUGGGCUCGUGUCUGAGUCUUCAUCCUAUAUCAAUGGGGAGGGCCUAGCAUCUUCUACUAACAUGAAAGAUCUGGAGGUAAGUGGUUCUGGACUGUGGUCCAGUGACCCUGCAAGCGAGUCCCCCCAUCUCCCACAAUGGGGGCUAGGUACCCCACUGCCAGUUGAGACAGCCCAGACACCCCCCAACCCUAAUGAUUGCUCUCUCUACCUCUCCUCCAACUCUUCCCACUCCUCCUCCUCUCUGCAUGCACGUCAGCACAACCGAUGCCAAGAGCUCUCAGUAGCCCUGGAUUCCAGCAGUCUUACAAACAAGCAACUCGGUAACCAGAUAGAGGAAUUGGGUAAGAGUCCAAAACAGCAGAAACAAGAUGCUUUGGAACAACUGGAGAAAGAGAAGAAAGAAUUUGCAAGAGGAGGCGGGUGAGCUCUAAGGGAACAGCUGCAGGUUCACAUCCAGACCAUCGGGAUUUUAGUGUCUGAGAAAUCCGAGUUAUAUACGGCCCUGACUCACACCCAGCAGGCAGUCAGGCAGAAAGCAGGAGAGUCAGAGGAUCUCGCUAAUCGCCUGCAGUCUUCCCGUCAGCGUGUAGGAGAGCUGGAGCGGACCCUAUCUGCUGUCUCCACUCAGCAGAAGCAGAUGGACAGGAACAACAAAGAGUUAACCAAAGAGCGUGAUACCUUCAAAACUAGAGUUAUAUAAACAAACAAAAGUGAGGAGGACCUGAAGCAACGGAACUCAGAACUCGAAGAGAAACUUCGGAUUUUGCUCAUGGAAAAGUCAGCUGUUCACCAUGAGAUUGAGGAGCUGCGCAAGAAGCUGGAGAUGACAGAGCUCAUGCAGCCGUUACCUCUCCAGCCUGGAGUUCCUGAGAGCCACCAGCAGUUACAGCAGGCCCUGGAGGAGCGGGCACAGCUGGAGAUGCAUGUUGGGGAGCUUACAGAAUCACGGAAGCUUCUGCAAUUAGAGAGAGAUAGAUAUGCAGAGGCUCUGAAAGAAGAGAGUGCCAUUUGGCAGAAGAAGGUACAGCAUUUAUGUGAGGAGAAUCGAACACUGAAGGAGGAGAAAGAGCAUAGCAUGAGUCAAGUACAGGAGCUGGAGACCAGUUUAGCUAAACUGAAGAAAGAGACAGCUGCACCCCCACCCCAGGAACCCCAAGCUGGUCCCUCCGAAGUGGAACAGCGGCUACAAGCAGAGGCUGAAAAGCUGCAGAAGGAGCUAGAGAACCUAGCAGAGCAACUGCAGGCCCAGGUGCAUGACAAUGAGGGCCUGAGUCGCCUGAAUCAGGAGCAAGAGCAGCGGCUGCUGGAGCUGGAGCGGGCAGCUGAGCUCUGGGGAGAGCAGGCAGAAGAGCAGGCAGAAGAACGGAAACAGAUUCUGGAGACCAUGCAGAGCGACCGCACCACCAUCAGCCGUGCUCUUUCCCAAAACCGCGAGCUCAAGGAGCAGCUGGUUGAGCUGCAGAAUGGCUUUAUCAAGCUGACCAAUGAAAAUAUGGAGAUGACCAGUGCCCUGCAGUCAGAACAGUAUGUUAAGAAAGAGCUGGCCAAGAAGCUGGGGCAGCUGCAGGAAAAGCUGGCAGAACUUAAAGAAACGGUAGAAGUAAAGAACAAAGAGGCUCAGGAUCUGCAAGAGCAGGCGAGACCAGUACUUGAAACCAACCUGCAGCAGUAUGUGGCUGCUUGUCAGCAGCAUGUGGCUGCCUAUCAGCACCUGGCCACUGAGAAGGAGAUGCUGCACAAGCAGUUACUCCUGCAGACCCAGCUCAUGGACCAGCUGCAGCACGAGCAAGUUCAGGGCAAGGUCAUGGCUGAGAUGACCCACCAGGAGUUGCAGGAGAUCCAGGAGCGCCUGGAAGUUGCCAACCAGCAGAACCAGCAACUGCAGGCCCAGUUGGGCCUCCUGACUCUGCCUGGGGAAGGAGGUGGGCUGGACAAUGAUGAAAGGGAUGAAGAGGCUGAUUGUCCAGAGCUGAGCAUCCCUGAAGACCUAGAAGGCCGAGAGGCUGUGGCGGCAUUUUUGAGCUCUGCCCUAGCCAGUGCUAAAGAAGAACAGGCAAGACUGCGGGGGCAGUUGAAGGCGCAGAAGUUACGCUGCCAGCACUUGGGAAGCCAGGUGACCUCAUCUCAGCCUGAACCGGAGACCCCUUCUCCCCCUGGGACCAGUGGGGACAGUGUGUCUGGGGAGACCUACCAGGCCCUACAGGUGGCCAUGGAGAAGCUGCAAGAUCGCUUCACAAAACUGAUGCAAGAGAAAGUGGAUCUGAAGGAGCGGAUGGAAGAGCUGGAGCAUCGCUGCAUCCAGCUAUCUGGGGAGACAGAUACUAUUGGUGAGUACAUUGCCCUCUACCAAAAUCAGAGGGCAGUAAUGAAGGAGCGUCACCGUGAGAAGGAGGAGUACAUUAGACGCUUGGCCAAGGACAAGGAAGAAAUGAAGGUAAAACUGCUGGAGUUGCAGGAGCUUGUCUUAAGACUUGUUGGUGAGCGCAAUGAAAGUUAUAGCAGAUUUCUGGUAGCUGCUCAGAGCCCUGCUGGUGAGGCCACAACAGCACCCUCAGCCCCCCAGGAGCUUGGAGCUGCCAACAGCCAGGACCUUCAUGAGGUGAGCCUGGCAGAUGAUGUGGAACCUGUAAAGGGAGAGGCCUUCCCAGGCCCAACUAUCCCAGAGAAUCCCACUGCCCAGCAGAUAAUGCAGCUGCUACGUGAGAUUCAAAACCCCCAGGAUCAUGCAGGCCUGGGCAAUAAUCCCUGCAUCCCCUUCUUCUACCGGGCUAAUGAGAAUGAAGAAGUGAAGAUUUUGGUCAUCUAAGAGCCUGACCCUGGCAGGCAAAGCCCGGUGACUCUGGGCUGGGUGCUCUGCCCCACUUCUUCCCUACCACCCCUUUGUCCCUAGAGCAGCUAGGUGGGGCCCUGAGGUGAUGUGCUGAGCCACUUGCCUGCUGGGGGGAGGCAGGCAGGUAGGCGGGUGCAGACCCCUUGCUACCUUGGCCAGUGUAGGACCAUGUCUUCAUCUCUGGGCUAUGGCUGUUUGUUCCAGAAAAAAUGAAGAGCCAGAGGCUCAAAAAAUGUAGCUUAUUUAGAAGGCCCGCCUCUCUGGAGGAGCCAAGGCUCACUGGUGGCCUUCUCACCCCCUACCAAGCAGGGGUUCAUGCAUCCCCUAUUCAGAGGCAUUUAGGGGGCACUGGUGCCACUUUCUUCAUCUACCAUAUUGGGCAGCACUCACACAGUUCUUGGAAUAGCUGGGCCUAACUGCAGGCCAGGCAAGGUUGUGGGCUGGUGGUGGGUCUGGCCUCCCCUCUUGCAGUGUAAAUACUGUAACUGUAUAACAUUUUGUAUAUUCCGGAGGCAGGACAGCCCCCUGUAUAGUAGCAGAGGCUGGGGAUGGUAUAUGGAGUGUGGUGUGCUGGUAAUUAUUUGGGGGAUAGGGAAACUUAUUUAUUGAUAUAUAGUGUAGCACAGAGGAAGGAGGCGGGGACGGGGCUCUGGUGCCUGGGUGAUUCGGCUCCUGUUUAUUUUGCUUUUAAUUUCUGAAUAAAUGGAUUCAGCCCACCGUG